CACGUGGGUCAUGAGGUGCCGUUAAGGAGGCAGAAGCUUCCUAAAAACAACAAGCUGUCAGAUGAGUGCGUUUCUUCCCUCCCAGUGACCUGACUUCUACACAGCCACACUCUCGAGAUGUCAAAGGUCACGGAGCUGCCCUCGUCACAGCUAGGAACCAAAGAAUACUGGGACAAUCAGUAUGAACAUGAGCUUACAAACUUUGAGAAUCAUGGAGACAUUGGUGAAAUUUGGUUUGAGGAUAGCAUGGACAAAGUGCUUCAGUGGGUGCUAGACACAGACCUUGUCACCACCCAGUCAUCGGUCAUUGAUAUUGGUUGUGGCAACGGGGCUUUCCUCCUUAAUUUGGCUGCAGAAGGUUUUACAAAUCUGUAUGGCAUUGAUUAUUCUCAGAAAGCAAUAAAACUUGCUCAAGCUGUUGCUGCUCAGAAGGAAGCAAACAUUACGUACAAGCACUUUGACAUCAUAAAUCCUGAUGGUGAGAGUUUAGUCCCAAAUGAAUAUGACUUGUGCCAUGACAAAGGGACGUACGAUGCUAUAUCACUGUGUCCAGACGACCCCAGCGGCAAGAGGGCAGCGUAUGUAAAAGCUGUUCACCACAUGACUCGCCAAGAUGGCAUCUUCCUCAUCAUCUCUUGCAACUGGACACAAGAGGAACUGGUGGAGCAGUUCUCAGAAUAUUUUAUGGUAGAACAUAUUAUUCCAAUGCCAACUUUCAUGUUUGGAGGAAAAGUUGGCUCGCGUGUAACCAGCAUAGCGUUUAAAAAGAAAAUUUGAAAAUUUGGGUACAAUAUCAUGUAUAUUUUACCAAUAAUAAAAUGUAAUGUAUGAAGUUUAAUGUGCAAUAUCAAUGAAAUUAAGGUAAUAUUAA